AUGGCCACAGAAAGACAGAAGACUGAGCAAGCCCCGAAGCGUCCUGAAGAGGGAACGAAGCCCACAGAUGCAUUGGCCGCAUCAUCAAGAGGAGCCCUGUUCCUCAUCGUGCUCCAGGUAUCGACGAGAGCGCUCACCUUCGCCCUCAACCAAGUCCUCUUGCGAUUUCUCUCCCCGGCACUGCUAGGAGCAAGCGUCCAGCUGGAGCUCUUCAUCAUCUCCGCACACCAUUUCGCAAGAGAGUCACUCCGAGUUGCAUGUCAGCGGCAACCUCAAGGCGGAGAUCAGGCGGCCAUCAAUUUAUCAUACCUGUCCCUCGUCGGUGGCGUCCCUAUCGUGAUAGGCUUCGCACAAUGGUAUCUCCGGUCAGGAUUUCCGAAUGUUCCGUACUUCGUUGAAGCUCUCUGGGUAUGCCAAGUCGCCGCUAUGGUAGAGCUUCUGAGUGAGCCCGCCUUCGUCGCAGUACAGCAGAAUAUGCAAUAUGGCACGCGUGCUUCCGCUGAAGCAAGCGCUGUGGUGCUGAAGACAAUUGCUACCGCUGGGACCGUUUUCUGGAGUCAGUCUCGGGGCCUCGAGCUCGGUGCUCUCCCCUUCGCAGUUGGUGAACUGGCAUACUGCUCUACUCUCACUGCUGUUUAUAUCUGGAGAACGAUCCCGACAGCUACGAAGCAGAACUUCUCACUCCUACCGAAGAAGAUCGAACAGAGGUGCGUCGAUCUCAUAUCCAUCGAAACAUAAGUGUAAGUCAUGUUCUGACGAUGUCUAUCUAGACGUGGUCAAACUUUCAUAUUCUCCCGCUUCCCUCAGACGCUCGUAACCCUUUCUGUUGCUCUCUACGUCCAGACCGGAAUCAAAUAUCUCCUCACGCAGGGCGAUGUGCUUGUGAGCACGACGUUCGCUUCACUCGAGGACCAGGGGAUGUACGCUCUCGCUGCGAAUUACGGAGGUCUCAUCGCUCGAAUGGUAUUUCGACCGAUCGAGGACACUUCCCGCAAUCUGUUCGCUCAGCUCUGCUCGGGGACUCAGCCAAGAGCGCAGGAUAUCAAGAAAGCAGCUACCGUCCUCCGCGACACGCUACGCAUCUACUUAACUUUCUCCCUUGUUUUCGCGCUCGGGCCUACGGCAGCGCCUCUGCUUCUCCGCCUUGUAGCAGGCUCACGCUGGACCGACUCGGGCGCAGGCGACGUACUGGGUACUUACACGUACUGCAUCCCGCUUCUUGCGAUCAAUGGCGUGAGCGAGGCUUUCGUAGCGGCUACCGCUUCAACCGGAGACCUACACCGUCAGAGCAUCUGGAUGGGAGGCUUCUCUCUUCUCUUCGCUGGAAGCGCCUACGUCUUUCUGAAAGUCUUGGCACUGGGAGCCGAAGGAUUGGUGUGGGCUAACUGCGUCAACAUGGCGUUGAGAAUCAUCUUCAACCUCAGCUUUGCCAAGGAAUUCUUUGCGAGGCAUAAACAGGUAAAGUUCGCCCCAUUGCUAAGGUUUCGGACAAUGUACUGACCUUACUCUAGUCUUUCGGCCUGUCCGAUAUAGUCCCUACCCUACUGUCCAUCGGUGCCACAGGUGGAAUGUCAGUCCUGCUGGCUCAAGCAGGGCCAAAAGGUGACAAUCUGUUGCGAGAUUUGGUCACAGUUACCGGGUAUGGGCUUGCUUUUGUGACGCUCAUACUCGGCUUGGAGAGGCAGUUCCUGCUUGGUUGCAUACAGAGAUAUGCGCCGACGUCAAUUCGUAAUCGUGUAGGCAGGUGGAUGCCAUCCAGCUGA